AUGAUACUUCAAUUCAAAUGCGAAAGAUUACACUAUCUACUAAACACUAACUAUAUUUUAACUUUGUAUAAGGACAGGCUCACGAUUGGGAACAAGGUAAUCUCUUCAUCGUGAUAUAAAAUAGGGUCAUCAAAAAUAUGAGUAUAAAUUUAUACUCGAGAAUGUUUUACACUGGUAUGUGGAUAACCUUAAAUUAUAAGCUUUUGGGAUCGAAUACAAAGGGAUUAUCAAAUUCUUCAAGGCAAACACCAAAGAUUUAGAGCAAUUAAGAAGCUUCUGCAGGAAUCUCAUAUGUUUUGAUAACAUAGUUGAGUUAUACAAACAAAUAGAUAUUAAUGACCCUUCAAGGAUAUAAGACCAAAUAUCGCUAUAAUAAUUUGGACUGAAGAUUGUAACUUAGCAACAGUUGCUGACCCAAGUCCCACUUGUACGAUAAUUGAAUUAUCAUGGAAUAAUUUCAUACCGGGAAUGUUUUCAAUAUAAAAGCCAAUAUUAUAUUGUAAAAGAAUUCGUUGGAGGAAUUACAUUACAGAAAUUCAUGAUAUAGAACCCCAAGUUGAGUCAUCUGCAAUGCAGAGCCAUAAUCCUUGUAAGCAUACCCUUAUAUUGAAAGCACCUGCUGAAGGCUGUCCAAUAUCUGCAUCAACAUUACGUCAUUCAUGCAACAAUCGAUAUUUAUCAUAUUAUUUACAAAUCAGAUUUUAUCAAAAUAAUUGACUUUUCUUAGGCUAAACAAAGCAAUACCAUAGAUGAUUAGGACAUUAGGAAUUGCAGCCGAAUUCUAUUUUACUUGUAUGCAAUAUUUCAUAAUAAAAUUAGGUACACAGGGAAAGAAUACAAUGAUAAAGACUAUGAGCAGAAUAUCUAAACUCUAUAAAAUGCUUAGACACCAAAAUUAGCAUAGGAGCUACUCCUGAGCAUGAUGACUGAUCAGAAUUUAACUGUGUCUCAAAUCUUGGAGCAUCCCUACUUUUCCUUCUCCUUAGAUCCAUAGGAGAGGAAGAAGAGAUUUCAGUAAUUUUAGAGAGUGUAGAGAUCAACAUCAGAAAUGGAUGAUAGUGAUGCCAUCUCUUAGAGUAUACCUGAAUUGUAAACAAAUAAGAGUAAAUCAUUAAAGUAAUUAAUGUGA